UUUCAUUUCGAUUUUCAGGGUAACUCGGACCCAGCGCACGUGCCGCCCGUUCAGGAUUCCGGGUUCAGCACGGAGACGAAGGAAAAUUCGUCUAGUGGCGAAGCAGUGAACACGAUUCGCGCUUCGUCUCUGGCCGCUGUCCCACUUGGCCACAGUGAUAGCUCUCCUGAUAUCCGAUGGUCUGAGCCCAAGUCCGACGACGAGCUCUGGAAUCUUUUGGAUGUGAUACAGCGCAAGAGUGCCCGGCUGAAUGAACCCGCGCCGUCUGAGCCGUCCCCUGUUAGCGUGGAAAAUAUUAUUGCAGAACUGGAAACUUUGCGCGUGGAGCGCGAUCGACUCAAAAACGAAGUCGCAGAUCUGAAGCAGGAGAAUACGUCCUCAAAGUCUCUCAUUGAGUACUUGAACGACAAGGUCCAAAAGGCAAUAGAGGACAAAAAGCGACUUGACGAACAGUUGAAAACGGCUGUGAGUUGGAAGACAGAGUUGGACAAUCGCAUCCACGAUAUGCAUCUGCAGUUUGUGAAAAGCCCGUUGCACUCUGCAAAAACCGGCGACGGGAAACUGCGCAAGAACCCUAGUUCUUCGUCGAAAUCUCAAUUUGAAGAGCAGGUUGACGAUGAGGAUGUUGACGUGGACGCCGCGACGGCGGCGAAACUCAAAUCCCGCUCGGAAGACGUGAUCCCGAGAAACCCGGUGCCCAUCCCGUCUUUGCCGGUGUCGCUGCCUGUCGAUCAUAUCAAGGUCCCGCCGAAUCGAAGAAAAAUAUCUGCUGUGCUCAACGAGAAUAACAUCUUGGUUCUCAAGAAGCAUCUCCUGCUUCACAUUCGUUAUUACGAGCUUGACCUUCCUUGUUUUCGCGCUGAGGCGUACUGCGAGGCUAGGGACUUAUGGGGAGGAGUUUCGAGCUGGGGCAGGGGCCGCUGUUGGGAGGCGGCGGUCCCGCUCCGACCCGUGGAAAAGCAACCCGUGAGUCGAUCGCCGGAGGACGGGAAGAAAGCCGAGCCGCUGGAACGGAAAGGCAGCGUCAGGUUCCAACUCGGCGCCGAUGACGAAGCAAAGCCGGUGGAGACGAAGGCUGAGAAAUCCGACGUCGGGCACAAAGACGAUCGAGAGUCUAGUUCGACGGAAUCGUCGAGUGGGAAAGUCGGCACGGACUUCGUCGCCAAGCCGCCAGAUGGCGGCCCUCCAGUGAAUUUUGCGUCUGUGAUCCCGUACCGUCCCAGUGUGAAGCAGGAACUAGUGCAGAGUCAAAGCCAAAACUUCUUCUUCGCCAAGGAUGCGCCGGCAAUAAGGUUGCCAGAAAAUUCGGUUCGUGAUUGAACGUUGACGAGGUAUCGAGCUUAUGUCUCUGUCUACAAGACGUCAAAGGACUUCUGAGUUCCGUUGUGAUUGACAUUAAAAUCGCUUUUUUUCUUUCAAAAAUUCAUCCUUUUGUGUAAAUAAAAUUUUGCUCGUUUCUGACUUAACAAAAGACUCAUUCACUUUACCUCAUCAGAUUA